AUGGUGGUGCAUGGUGUUGAAAUAUCAAAAUAGUUGUUUCUUUUGUUACAGAUUGCAGAAGGAAUGGCAUACAUAGAAAGAAAAAAUUAUAUCCAUCGAGAUUUGAGAGCAGCGAAUGUUCUGGUUUCAGACUUACUGAUGUGCAAAAUUGCUGAUUUUGGACUAGCAAGAGUCAUUGAAGACAACGAAUAUACAGCAAGGGAAGGUGCAAAAUUCCCUAUUAAAUGGACAGCACCGGAGGCAAUUAACUAUGGAUCUUUCACUAUUAAAUCUGAUGUGUGGUCAUUUGGGAUUCUCCUGUAUGAAAUCGUUACAUAUGGAAAGAUUCCUUAUCCAGGUAUGAGCAAUUCAGAUGUGAUGGUGGCUCUUCAGCGCGGGUACCGAAUGCCACGUAUGGAAACCUGUCCAGCUGAGCUUUAUGAUAUUAUGAAAACAUGCUGGAAAGACAAAGCAGAAGAGAGGCCAACAUUUGAUUAUCUACAGAGUGUGCUUGAUGACUUCUACACAGCAACAGAGGGGCAGUAUCAACAACAGCCAUAGAACAAAGAACAGUUUUUUUCUAUUGACAUGGAUCAUUGACACAGACAAUUAUCUGGACAGACUGCUCAAACCAAUUACUCCAUGAGUUUGGACAUCUUAACUGAGUGGCAAAGUUGAAAUGCUGAAGGAAAGAGUACUACUGCAGAGAAAUAAUCAUGUUGUUCUUUGGUUAAAACAGUUCCUCUAAAGAUUGAAGUUCUCCUUAAAUGCUAUGUUUUGCAUCUGCAGAAACAUCCCAAACCAAGCA